GGGAGGAACCGCUGUCGUUCACCGUCUUAGUUUCCACUCUGAAGAGCAGCUCGCGAAGACAUUCCGCUGAUUAAAUCGGUCUGCUUGAGAUAGUCCAGUCCACAGCUCUACUUACUCUGCCCACACAGGACUGCGCCUGCGCGCUGGGUCUUAACCAUCAUGGCGGUGUCUCUACAAAAAUAAGAGCUAAUAUUCCGUGAUUGAAGACAGCCAAGAAAAAACAAGCGCCGAUGAGAACAUGUACACAGAUAAGAAAAUAACAAAGGAAGACACAUGGAGACCUGCAGACCUGAGGAGACACAUCAGGGAGGAAGAACGCGGUGGUGACGAUGCCAGGAGGCGCGAUGGCUAUGAUAGAAGGUACCGUGGUGGGGAAUCCGCUGAGAGACGCCAUAGGGACCCAGAAAAGGAGUCUAGACGCGAGAAGGAGAGGCUCAGGGAAAGAGAGAGCACAGGGAGAGAGAGAAGAGAUGAAGGGACAAGAGACAGAAGGAAAGAGGGCUCACAAGAUAGGAGAGCUGAGAGAGGAAAUGAAAGGGAGAAGACAAGGGAAAGGGAGAGAUUUGUAGAUGUAAGGAAGUAUGGUGAUGACUACAGAGAAAAUAAGGAGAAGAGAAGAGACCUAGAGGAAAAACAUGACAGGGAGAGGGAUAAGGAAAGACACAGAGAUAUGGAGAAAGAGAGGGUAAGGGACAGAGAUAGACACAGGGAGGAAGACCGUAGUAAAAGAAGGGAUGACGUAAAUAAGGAAAGAAAAAGAGAGGAGGAGGACAGAGAGCUUAGGAAUGAUGGGGAUAGAAGAAGACACAAGGAAAGCAGGGAAGGAAGAGGAGCUCAGAUAGAACAGCACCACAGGGAGGAGAAAGAUCAGCAUCGGGAGAGGGAGAGACACCAAAAUGAAUAUGAAGAUACAAGGAAUGCCAAGGAAGAGAGACAAAGAGACAUGAAGCAUUUGGAACAGAAAGAGGACAGAGAGUAUAAAGAAGAACAUAGAAAACGUAAAGAGGAGAGAGAACGGAGGCACAGAGAGAGAGGACAUCAUGAGGAGAAACAGAAGCACGAUAGUGAAUACAGAGAGCAUCGAGGGGAAGAGAUCAGACAUCAUCGUGCUGACAGAGAGUUGGCUGAGAGGGACAAACCCAAAGACAGAAGGUACAAAGAGGGAGAAGACCCAGACAACAAACACAGGGAGAGAAGGCACAAACAUGAAGCUGACGUGGAAAGGAAACACAAAGAGAGAAAGCACAGGGAGGAAGACGAUCACAGAGACAAGAGAUCAUCAUCUGGCAAGAGUCAUGAGAGGAAUGUGGAAGUUGACUUGGUUUCUGAGCAGUGGAUACCUGCUGUGAAACAUGAAGCAGACACAGAGGAGCCUCAAGUUGUCAAUGAUGAAGAUUUGGCUAACCAGGAUUAUGAAGAUGAUUUUGAGAAAAUGGACUAUGAAGAGGAUUUUGAGGAACUGAAUGAGAGCACUAAUGAAGAUGAGGACGAGAAGGAGCCAUUGCAUCCACAGGCGGGUGAAGCAAAGGAGGAACUUUCAGCACAGCGGAGAAAGGAGAUUGAAGCUAUUCGGAGAGCCAUGGAUGAAGAGAAUGAGAGAAUUGGAACAACAAAGUCCAGACAAAGUACGAGCAGAGAAGAGGAGGAGAGGCCUAAAUGGUCCAGAGACACUGAAAAGAUCCAGAGCAGAGCCUCCCAACGCGGAAAGUUUAUCGACUUUAUAGCUGCAAAGCAACGCGAAGUCAGCAAGAAAGUUGCCAGUAAGCAAAAGAAGAGAAGUACAGAGCUGCUUCGUUUAAUCGAUCUGGAUUUUUCCAUGACUUUCUCCCUUUUGGAUCUGCCGCCGGUCAAUGAGUAUGACAUGUACAUCAGAAACUUUGGAAACGCAAACACUAAACAGGCUUACGUUCAGUGUAAUGAGGAUAACACAGAUCGAGACAUCCAGACAGAGGAAAUAGAGAUGUCCGAGAAGUGGACGCAGCAUCCUCCGGAGCGCAGCGGAGCAUGUGGGGAUCCAAACCUCUCUAAGGAAGCACGAGACAAACAAAGAAGUGAAAUGAACUAUGAUUCACAGCGUCUGGCAUCAUUUCUUCGCUCAGCCUCACAGGUCAUGGUUGUCCUGCUGGAAGAGGAUCAAGCUGAGAGAAAAUCCCUGGAGAAACUGAGCACUCAGUCAGACACGUUGUCUUUCAGCGAUGGAAGUUUACAGCUCAUCACUGAGUUGCCUUUUCUUUAUGAUCGCCAGAUUAGCAUGCUGCACUUUUCUCAGGUCCAAAAGCGCACCAUGCUGUCAGUUCACAUGCCCACGACUAAACCCAGCGCCAAGCAUCUUGACAGCUGUACCAUCAUCUGCAUCUGGAACAUCUGGGAGCCAUCCAGGCCUCAGAAGAUCCUUGUUUAUGAGUCUGAGAUCCAGUGUUGCUGUUUCAGCCCUGGAAAGACACAAGAGUCAUCAGGACUGUCAUUCCAGCUGGCUUCUUUGGAUGAAAGUGGAGUUUUAAAUUUUUGGGUGGUGGUAGAGCUCCCAAAAGGCAACGAGGCAGGCUCUCCAACAGAUCUGGGCCUCCGGCCUGGCGGCAAAGUGAAGUUGCUUCACAGCUCGUCCGUCAUCGCUGCUGAGAGUCUCAGGGGGUCACCGCGAGAUGUAGUUAAAACAGGGCCACUGCACACGCUGCUUUUAAAAUUCCUUCCAACAGACUCCAAUCAUUUCUUUAUUGGCACCAACAUGGGGCUGGUCCACCAUGGAACGAGUCACGGUUUGAAAGCACCCCCCAAAUUUUACAGGUUUCAGGAGGUUGAAGUGCAGCCUGUCGAUGUCACCUCAAUCCACUUUUCUCCCUUCAGACCACACUUGUUCUUGGUGAGAGUCAUGCUUAUUUACAUCACAUCUAUUUUGGGAAAUAUGCAUAUUUGA